CUCACCACCGAGCUUUACUCUCACAUAUCUACUCACUUCUCUCACAACCUCUUACCAAAAAAUGGCCUCUGAUGGUAGCUUUGUCAUGCUAGCCCAUUAGAACGGUGAGAUAAUGAUCAAGAACAAUGAGGUGGAGAACUCAUUGCAUUCAAACAAAGCCUUUGUUUUUUAUCUUGAUAUCUCAUUCGAGGAGGUCUUCAAUGAACUCCUCGAUGCUAUUGGUGAAGCUAAUCUCAAUUCCAUCAAAAAAAUUUGGGGAAAAUAUUCCAAAUACAAGGAUGGAGUAUAUGCCGCUUCACGCCCUUUCCCCAUUUCCGAGGAGCGAACAUGGGGGUGUUUCGUUCAAAAGGCAACGAAGGAAUAUGAUGAACUUGAGGUUUACCUAGAUGCACACCAAGUUAAAGUGUUGGCUAACGAGGAAGAAGAAAUGAAGGAAGAGCAAAACCACCAAGCUCAUCACCACCACCACCACCACCACCAAGUUGAUGAGGCGGGACCUUCUAACACGGCACAGACAUGGAUGAUGAAGAUGACUCUGAGAAUUCGACAGGAGCCUAUUAACGUUGUUGAACAAGGAAUUCCAGAAUUUUCGAUCAAUAGGCACGUUGAAGAAGUCUCACUACAACCAACAAUUUGUAUCCCUGAAAUUCAGAUUGGAUAUCAACCAGACUUUUCGAAAGAGAAGGACGAUAAGCUUAUUACAAGCAAGCUCAUAUCCGGAAUUAUAUUCUCAAAAAUUGCUGCUGAUGCUGAUUACAAGGUGAGGUACAUCAUUAAAGAUAUAUACGACUUAUUUCAAGUUUCUGUGUCGUAUAAGAAAUGUUGGUUGGCUAAUUCGAAUGUCAUUCAACGACUAUACGGAUCCUGGGAGGAUUCGUAUAACAAGCUAUUGCCUUUAUUAGCAGCGUUGAUUCAAAGCAAUCCUGGGUCAGUGGCCGAAAUACAAAUGCGGCCAACAACAACGCCACAAACUUUUCAGUUCAUGUACGUUUUCUGGUCUUUCAUAACGUCUAUAGAUGGGUUCAAGUACUAUUUUCCCGUGAUCUCUGUUGAUGGCACCCACUUGUAUGGGAAAUAUAAGGGGGUGUUGUUGUUGGCAGUAACAAUGACAACAAAUCACGAGAUUUACCCAUUAGCCUAUUCCCUUGUUGACAAAGAAGACGAGGAUAGUUGGAGCUGGUUCAUGAUGCAUUUAAUGCAUUAUGUAGUACCUUACGAUAUGUCGGUGUGCAUCAUUUCUGAUAGGCACGGGGGCAUUGAUGUAGCUUUCAAUACUAUCCCCCAGUUAUUGGAACAACGUGUCACCAGGAGAUAUUGCCUGCGCCACUUGAGAAGUAAUUUUCAGAAGAAGUUCAAUAGCAAAAAACUGAAGGGCUUGAUGUAUCAUGCAGCCAGUACCCCAGAUGUCUAUGAAUUCAAUAGAACAAUGCAACAAAUUAAGUCACAACGGGAGGAGGCAUAUGACUGGUUGUUGGCUUUGCCAUUAGAGAAGUGGGCACUCUGUUCCGAUGGUGGGGCUCGAUAUGGAAUCCUAACCAUUAAUCUUUCGGAAAGCUACAAUCAUGUGCUUAAGGGAUGUCGGUCUCUUCCGGUAUACGCUAUUGUGAAGACGACGUACGAGCGAUUAGUAAAAUUAUUUACCAGAAAGGCGUACAAACGGAUUUACAUGGCUACAGGCGGGAUUUAAGUUCCCAAAAUAUAUUUGGAACGAGGUGAGACGCAUGGAAGACCAUCGUUUACAUUGCCAUGUUAUCCCACAUCAUCCGCAACAAGGGAAUUAUUGGG